AUGACUCCCCCGCCACCUUUCCCCCACCAACCCCACCACGGUCCACCAACACCACCGCACAGCACCUCACAUCCCCUUCCUAUACCCGCACACCCGCACCGCACCACCGACAUCGCAGCAAUGGCGGCCCCCAAACAAUCCAUUCUCCCGCUCCUCAAAGCGCUCUCCACCGCGCGCCCCGACGUCACACCCGACCACAUCACCUCCGCCAUCGCACUCAGCUUCCGCGACGAGCUCUCCCCCGCGCAGACCGCAGCGCUCCUCACCGCCCUACACUUCACGGGCCUCGACCAGCAGCCCGCCAUCAUCGCCGCCGCCGCAACCGCCAUGCGUGACGCCGGCCUCCGGCUCCCACCCCUCCCCACCGCCGUCCACGGAACACACUCGGCGCCGGGCAGCUACGGCGGCGGCCUCGUCGACAUCGUCGGCACCGGCGGCGACGGCCACAACACCUUCAACGUCUCGACCACAUCCGCCAUCCUCGCCUCCGGCUGCGGCCUGCGCAUCUGCAAGCACGGCAACAAAGCCUCGACCUCCACCUCUGGCUCUGCCGACAUCCUCACCUCCCUCGGCGCACACCUGUCCGCCGUGACGCCCCCCGUCGUCGCCGACAUCUUCGAAGGCGAGGACGCAAACUUCUGCUUCCUAUUCGCGCCCGUGUACCACCCCGGGAUGCGGCACGUCGCGGGGAUCCGGCGCGAGCUGGGGUUCCGGACAAUCUUCAACCUGCUGGGCCCGCUUGUGAACCCCGUUGACUACUCGGUCCCGGGCGGGCUUGAGGCGCGCAUCAUCGGUGUGGGGCGGCGGGAGCUGGGCGCCGUGUUUGCAGAGACGCUGAAGCUGCUGGGGUGCCGGAAGGGGAUGGUGGUGUGUGGUGAGGAGGGGCUGGACGAGGUGUCGUGUGAGAGGCGGACCGAGUGCUGGAGGCUUGUUGAGGAGGGGGCCCAAAGGGGAAGGUUGCGGGAUGUGGCGGGUGGGAAGAGCGCGAAGGAGAAUGCGGUUAUUUUGAGUAGGCUUCUGACAGGGAGGGGCGUGGAGAGCGAUAGGCCGGUGAAGGAGUUUAUAUUGAUGAAUACGGCGGCGCUGCUGGUUGUGGCUGGGGCGGUCGGGGAGGUGGAGAGAGUGCCGGAGGGGGCGGUUGCGAGGGGCGGGGUGUGGAAGAGGGCGGUGGAGAUAGCGGAGGAGGCCAUGAUCGAUGGGAGUGCGUGGGAGGAGUGGUGUAGCUUUGUGGAGGUUAGUAGUGAGGGCUGA